CCAUAGGCACCACUGAUCCUUUGCCGGAAAAAGCUGAACACCAUCGCUUCCGGAAAACGUCGAACCGCUGCUUUCUGUUUCCUUAUUUGGUUUCCUUGGACUAUGAAACCUCUCUCACCUUCUUUCUCUUCUCUCCAAGCCAAUCCUCUCUGUGAGUUUGUGAAUUCAUGUAUGAUUAACAUCAUUACCAGAUUCUGUUGUAUUUGAGAAUUCUGCAAAAGAAAAAGAAAAAUGGGAUAUAAGGACUUGGUACUGUCGUAUUCGAAUAAGAUGCGGGUUGUUGAAGCCCCAGCAAGUGGAGGCGGUAUCAGCCAGAACGAAAAGUUUAGCUAUGGCUAUGCGAGCUCAGCUGGAAAGAGAUCAUCCAUGGAAGACUUUUUCGAAACAAGAAUCGACGGUAUCGAUGGAGAAAUCGUUGGUCUAUUUGGAGUCUUUGAUGGACAUGGUGGAGCGGCAGCAGCUGAGUAUUUGAAGCGUCAUCUUUUCAGCAAUCUUAUCACUCAUCCUAACUUCAUUUCCGACACCAAAUCUGCCAUAGCUGAUGCCUACAAUCAUACAGACUCUGAACUUCUCAAGUCAGAAAAUAAUCACACUAUAGACGCUGGUUCCACUGCCUCUACUGCUAUUCUCGUUCGUGAUCGCUUACUUGUUGCAAACGUUGGUGAUUCCAGAGCUGUUAUCUGUAGAGCCGGAACUGCCUUUGCUGUGUCAAGAGAUCAUAAACCUGAUCAAAGCGAUGAGCGUGAACGCAUUGAGAAUGCUGGUGGUUUUGUCAUGUGGGCUGGGACUUGGAGAGUUGGAGGAGUUCUUGCAGUUUCUCGCUCCUUUGGUGAUCGACUUCUUAAAGAGUAUGUUAUUGCUGACCCUGAAAUCCAGGAAGAGAAGAUUGAUGAUUCUCUUGAGUUUCUGAUCCUUGCCAGCGAUGGACUUUGGGAUGUUUUCUCUAAUGAGGAAGCUGUUGAAGUGGUGAAAGAGGUUGAAGAUCCAGAGGAGUCAACCAAGAAACUUGUGGGAGAAGCAAUAAAGAGAGGAAGUGCAGACAAUAUUACAUGUGUAGUCGUACGUUUCCUGGAGAGCAAGAAUGCUAAUUCCAACGCAGAUGCCAGCUCAUCUCAGGAGAUAGCAACCAACGGUCAAACCGUAGUUACAAGUGAUGCAGAACACAAUGUCUCAGCCAAUGAAACCAAUCAAGACCAUACCGCAGUACUCAGCGACUUGGACCAAAAGCCAAUUGCGGUUUCAGCAGCAGGACGCAGCGUUCCUUCUGAACAGAAUGGUUUAGCCGGGGAAACUAAUCAAGUUCCAAGCGAAAUUCACCGCGGCUCAGAGCUUAAGAGCUCCUCCAAACAACCUUCUCAAGGGCACAUCACAGUGCACAACUAUAUGGACGAGAGCGUUGCUAAUCAGAAGGCUGUCAUAGCUGAGAAAAAGGCGAUUGCAGCAACCAACACCACUUCCUCAGAACAGAGCGGAUCAAUAGGUGAAAAUAAUCAAAAGCCAACCGCAGUUCACAGCGACUCCGCCACAAGCAAGUCAAGUAACGUCAACUCUAAUCACUAACUAAUCAAAAUUUUGCCUCAGCCUAACUUCUCUCAUCACUGUAAGUUUCUUUUCUUUGCUGUUUUUUUUUUGAAAAAAAAGUUCUAAUACCAAAUAAUGUAAUAUUUCUUCUGCCUUGUAAUAAACUUGUAAAUCUUAUGAAGUCUACAUGUAAGAGACCCCAAUAUGAUCUUUAGUCUCA